AUGCCUGUCGAUGCCACGGACACUUUUGGGAGGACGUCCUUACACCAUGCUGCUGUAAGUGGCUGCUUGUCCUGCACUGAGAUUCUAUGGGAUUUUAAAGCCAACCUUGAUGUUCAAGAUGGAGAUGGGUUAACUCCAUUGAUCCUGGGCGCCCAGAUGAGCAGAGUCGAACUUUGUGCCUUCCUUUUGGAACGAGGAGCCAAUCCUAAUAUACAGGACAGCCAGGGCAGAUCAGCAUUGAUGUUGGCCUGUGAGAGUGACAGUAUGGAGACUGUAGAGGUGUUACUGAAGGGUGGAGCUAACCCACACCUAACUGAUGCCCUGGGGCACAACUCCGCCCACUACAGCAUCACCGCCGGCAACCACAACAUCACCCAGUUUCUGCAGAACAUAGGCAUUUCCACAGCUGCUGAGGGUUCGAGUGAGGAGCAGGCUCCUCCUCCCAAUCCCCCAUCUAGUGGAACCACACCCCGCAAAAGGAAAGCCCCUCCUCCUCCUAAGUCUCCUGCUCAGGGCCCGCCUCCUUCCUCAGAUGCCUCAAGCACACCACCUCCCCCUGUCCCCACCCAAUCACCUGACUCACAGAGCCCCGCCCUGCCUUCUCCCGCUCCCAGGACCCAACUUCUCCCAUCUGAGAACCUUGUGGAGGAUGAGGAGGUCUUUGAAGAGAUCCGUAAGCUCAGGCUGGAGAGAGGUCGCCUGCUGCAGAAAAUCAAGGUUUUGGAGCAGCAGCAGAGCAGCGCCUCCACUGCCCUGGAGGAGCUAAACAGUCUGAGAGAGCGUCUGAGCGAGGUUGAGGCAGAGCGUGACAGACUGCUGGCCGAGCUGGAGGAGUUGAGAGCGGCUCAGGUGAGCGGUGUGACCUGUGACUCUGAAGACACGGAGGACUCCGAUGACAUGUUGGACUUCCCAGGAGCAGAGAAGUUACUAUCUAAGCAAUCACGAGGUCUGGAUGCUGAGGACGCCUCUCAAGAGAAUCCUGCCAUGGUGGAGCAGCUUCGCAGAAAAGUGGAGGAACUGACCUCCCAGAAUGCAGACCUGGUUCUCAAAGUGCAGAUGCUGGAGAUGUUUGAGAAGGAUGACACGGAUAUGCAGAGCUCGGGCCCAGAUUUUGUUCCCACGGCUCAGUAUGAAUCUCUGAGGAGAGAGUUUGAGGAACUACAGGAGAAAUACUCCAGAGCCCAGGCUUCAACUGAAGCCUCAAGCAUCGCAGAGGAUCCUGGAUCAGAGGAAAAAGAUCAAAAAGUUCUAGAGGAACAGCUGGCUCAAGCCCAGGCCGAGUUAGAGGAACUCAAAGAACAGAUGCGUCUGGGGGUCUAUUCGGUGGAGGAAGCAGGAGCGAAGCCAGAAGGGGGCUCCGAGUCCCCUGAGGAAGGGGCAAAUCUGGAGAACCAGCAGCUGAGACUAGCAAAAAGAGAAAAAGGGAAAGAGGGAGAGGAGGAGAACGAGACAGUUGUGAGCCUUAAAAAGCGGGUGGAAGAGCUGGAAAAAGCCCUGGAGCAAAGCAAGACGUCAGGGCACGAGGAGGGCGAGGGAAUGCCGGUGAACGGGUUGCAGGCACGGGUGGAAGAACUUGAGCGGGCGUUGAAGGAGAGUGUCCCUCGAGGCCAGUUUGAGGAGGUUCGAGUCACUUUGGGUCUUCAGUUUAACCAGCUAGAUCGAGAACGAGCUGAAGUGGCUACUCGACUCAACCAGGCCUUGCUGGAGCUGGAAAGGCUCCGCCCCUCAUCCCACACUGGCAAAGAUGAGGACGACGAGGAUCCGUCCGAGAGCUCAGAGGUUUCUAUUGCAUCUGAGCACUCCCUGCACCUGUCACCAGGCGGACGGACCUUGGAGGCGAUACAGGAGGAGCUGGAAGUUGCAAGGCAAGAGGCAGCACAAGCUCUGGACAGCCUGUGUGCCGAGAGAGAAAGUCGGGCUCAGGAUGCACUACAGCUGAGAGAUGCAGUACCACUUGUAAAACACCAGGAGGUGCUGUCUGCAGUAGCCCAGCAGCUGGCGCAAACAGAGAAAGAGCUGCAAGCAGAGAGGACACUGCGUGAGAAAGCGCAAACCGAGCUCGCCAGACUGGAAUCCGAGCUGCAGGCUGUACAAAAAGACUCAGUUAGCAAGAAAUACCAUGAUAAAGUCAAGGAAGAGCUAGAGCGCUCUCUAGAGGAGAGUCAGCAGAGUGCAAGAGCAGCGCAGGAGUCUCUGAGUGACAAAGAGACGGAACUGAAAGAGCUGCGAUCUCAGAAAGCUUUAGAACAGGGACUGGUGUCCAAAGAAGACCAUGAGGCCCAGAGACUCUCCCUACAGACUGAGAUCAACACCCUGAUGGCCCAGUUAGCCGAUCUAGCACGCAAGCACGAGAAGACCUGCACUGAGGUGUUCCAGGUGCAGCGGGAGGCUUUAUUUAAUAAGAGCGAACGUCAGGUGGCUGAAUCCAAGCUGGAGACCGUUAAAAAGCAGCAGGCGGAUCUUCAGGCCGAGUCCACCCACAUCCACCAGCUGCGCCAGGACAUCCAGAACUCACAGGGGCUCAUCAAGGAGAAAGACCGCAAGAUCACAGAGUUGUCUAAGGAGGUUUUUCGUCUGAAGGAGGCUCUGGGGGCUUUGACACCUCCGCUGGGACGUUCCCCUUCGCCACCGUCCUCAGGGAUACCUGGACAACAGCUGGCACUGCAGAACCGUGUGACCGCAUUAACACAGCAACUCCAGGACUGGGAGCGCAAACACAAGGCUGUUGUUUCAAUAUAUCGUUCUCAUCUAUUAGCUGCUGUACAGGGCCGGAUGGAUGAAGAAGUUCAGGCGCUUUUGCUUCAAAUCCUCUGUAUAUCACAGAAAGGUCAAAAUUAGUGCUUUGUAACUGACAGCAAUACAAAGAAUUCAAGUGACUGAUAAACAUACCCUUGAACCGAAGCAUAUCACCACUGUGUACCGCCAAUGAGAGGCAUUGAAACUGUGAAGGAGAAGAUAUAGUUUUGGAACAUGACAGAGAUGAUUAUAUUUCCUGUAUGUGACAAUUUAUGAGGGACAACACAGAUACUUUUUGUACCACAUUUCAAUAAACACUGAGAAAUGCUGCUGACGUGCCUUUCUUUGCAACUCUGCAGUUAGGCCUCUCACAGUACUGUAUGUCAAAAUUUACUUUGUGGUAAAGAAGAACGUUAUGAUUAAUUUCCGUGGUGCUAAAAAGAUGUGUAGCACA